AUGGAAAACCACACCUCUCUCGUUGACACAGCUCAAUCCAUGCUUCAAGCAGUCGCCUUGGCAAGGCAAGUCCUGCUGCACAAGGACAAUUUCAAGAGAUUCUCUGCUUCCCUCGAGAAAACUGCCAUCUUCCUCCAAGAGCUCUCCAAAUUCAAAGUCAAGAACUCCGACACCGUCAGCCGCGCUCUCGAGGCCCUCAAACCGGAGGUCGAUGCAGCCAAGCAGCUGGCUGCAGACUGCAGCAAUGGCAACAAGAUUUACCUCCUCUUGAGCUGCAAGAAGAUUGUGGAGAAGAUGGAGAGCACCAGCAAGAGCAUGAGCCGCGCUAUGUCGCUCUUCCCGUUGGACUCCUUGGACGUCUCGCCCCAGACGAAUCAAUGGCUUCUCAAUCUCUGCAAGAAUAUGGAAGAAGCUCAGUAUCAAGUCUCUUUGAAGGAGGAAGAGAUACUGCAAAAGGUCGAAACCGGAUUGGAAGACAGAAGAGCUACUGACCGAUCUUUCGCAAGCAAUCUGCUCCUUCUCAUUGCUGAAUCCGUGGGGAUUUCAUCUGAAGAGUCUGAUGAUCUAAAGAUGGAGUUUGAGAGUUUCAAGAAUGAUAUACAGCAUAUCGAGUCGAGAAACGAGGCGCUGCGGAUGGAGCAGAUCAUUCUACUGCUCGAAAACGCUGAUCUGGUUACUACUCCAAAGGAAAAGGAGAUGAAGUACUUCACCAAACGCAACUCGCUGGGGAGGCAGCUGCUAGAGCCUCUCCAGUCGUUCUUUUGCCCAAUCACUGGGGAUAUCAUGAUGGAUCCGGUCGAGACAUCAUCGGGCUAUACGUUUGAGAGAGAGGCGAUUGAGAAGUGGUUAGCUUUAGGGAAUAGCUUUUGUCCCUUGACUAAGACCCCCUUGAGCAAACUGUCUGUACGGCCGAAUAGAACUCUCCGGCAGUCCAUCGAGGAGUGGAAGAACAGGAACAUCAUGAUCAGUAUUGCUUCCAUGAAACCCGAUAUACAGUCAAGUGAUAACCAAGAAGUUGUUAAUUGUUUAGCAAAGCUUCAUGAAUUGUGUGGAAAAAGUGAGCUGCAUAGAGAAUGGGUGGUUAUGGAGGAUUACAUACCGAUAAUUGCAGGUCUGCUUCAUGAUAAAAAUAGUGAGACAAGAUUGCAUGCUUUAGCCAUUUUGUUUUCCCUUGCAAAGGAUAGUGAUAGUAACAAGGAGGCGAUUGCUAAUCAUAACGACAGCAUCAGGCUCGUUGUUUACUCGCUUGCACGCAAAGUUGAAGAAAGCAUGCGGGCACUGCAGCUGCUCUUGGAACUUUCGAGGAUUGAAAAUGUACGGAAUCUCAUUGGCGACGUGCAGGGAGGAAUACUUCUUCUCGUCACUUUAGCAAACAGCGACGAUGCUCAAGCUUCAAAAUACGCCCAAGAGCUUCUGGACAGUCUUUCCUUCAAUGAUAAGAACGUCGUGGAGAUGGCAAGGGCGAAAUUCUUUAGGCCUCUGUUGCAGCGUCUUUUUGAAGGACCUGUGGCCAUUCAAGUAAUUAUGGCAGAUACAUUAGCCGAUCUUGAGCUGACUGAUCACGACAAGCAGUGUCUUUCUAGAGACGGAGCACUGAAGCCUCUUCUUCAGAUGCUUCAGCUCCAAGAUAUAGAGGUUAAAUCAGUAGCUGUAAGAGCUCUAGAGAACCUAUCAGGGGUGGCAUCAAACGGCAUGCAACUGAUCAAAGAAGGAGCUAAAAACCAGCUGUUCGAACUGCUCUUCUGUCACGCCCUAUCCCAAUUGCGCCAACACGUGGCGAAGAUAAUCAUGAAUCUAGCAAUGUCCACAGCAUCCCCGGAAGCUUCUGCAGAUCAGAUUCGACUUCUGGAAACUGAAGAAGAUAUUUUCAAGCUAUUCUCACUGGUUUCAUUUACCGGGCCUGAUACACAGGAAACCCUUCUCCGCACCUUCCACGCCUUGUGCAGAUCGCCUUCUGGUUUGGACAUCAGAAGGGAGUUGAGACAGAUCUCUGCUGUGAAAAUACUUGUCCAAUUAUGUGAGCUUGACGACCUUGCUGUGAGGGAAAAUGCUGUGAAACUGCUCUAUUGUCUGACAGAAGAUGGCGAUCAUCCGACUUUUGAGGAACAUGUCAACAGGAGGUGCAUUACAACGCUUAUCAAAAUCAUCAACACUUCUGAUAGUGAAGACGAGAAAGCUGCUACCAUGGGUGUGAUCUCUCGCCUCCCCCACAAUCCUCAGAUGUCCCAGGACCUGUCAGAGUGUGGUGCACUUGAGGUCAUCUUUGACUGUCUCAGAAAUGUUCGUUCUGCUCACGAAAAAGAGGUGGUCGAAAAUGCUGCUGAAGCGCUUUGUCGUUUCACAGUCCCAUCAAAUCUUGAAUGGCAGAAGAGAGUGGCUGAAGCAGGCAUUGUUCCUGUACUAGUGAAACUGCUAGCCUCCGGAGCCCCUCCCACGAAAAGAAACGCAGCCAUUUCACUAAAACAGCUAUCAGAAAGUUCUAGCAACCUGACAACACCAGUCAAAACCAAUGGCUUCCUCAGCUGCUGCUUUGCAUCAUCUGGGGAAGGUAUCUGCCCUGUCCACACGGGCAUUUGCAGCACGGAGACAUCAUUCUGCCUUUUGGAGGCAGGUGCUGUGAGACCACUCGUGAUGAUACUAGGUGAACAAGAUUCCCCAGCCUGUGAAGCUUCGUUGGAUGCAAUCUUAACCUUGAUUGAAGGCGUGCAACUACAAAACGGGUGCAAGGUGCUUGAGGAUGCUGGUGCAGUGGUUCUGAUCAUCAAGCUGCUAAACUCGUCUUGCAGCAGCCUGCAGGAGAAAACAUUAGGAGCGUUGCAACGGAUAUUUAGACUCGUUGAUUUCAAGACAAAAUACGGUAAAUCAGCACAAAUGUCCCUAGUGGAUAUCACUCAGAGGGGAAGUAGUAGUACAAAAUCAUUGGCUGCCAAAAUACUUGCCCAGCUGAAUGUAUUGAAUGAGCAGUCUUCCUUUUUUGAUGGCACAUGAAUGCAGAGCAGAAAAUGAUCAUUCUUUACAAGUGAACACUAAGUUUGAGACUGUUUUUUUAUAAAACAGCCACAAACCAUUUAUUUGUAAAUAAAUUGUUGUAUUACAAUAAUGAUGAAGCGCCUUGUCAUUUCUUGGCCUCUAUUGAAUUGCCGGUUGAUAGUUGA